AGUCUUUAUGUCUGUAGCUGAAAGUGACGAACCAAUCACAAAACUACACCCACAAAACAAUUACCUCAAAAAACCCAAAACCAACCAACCAAAACCACUCAAAAUCUCUUCUUUCUCUAAAAAAAACUCAAAAACUUUACUCUUUUCCACUUUUUUUAUGUUUUUGAGUUCUGGGUUUUGGUUUUCCAAACACAAUUCACAUGUAGCAAACAAAAAGACUCAAACUUUAUCACUCUUAAAAUGUUUCUGAGGCUGCUGGGAACGGUUGUUUAUGGAGCUUGGAUCACUGAUACGGUACCGUUUUGGCUUGUUCAUUGGAUCUCUUGAUUGAUUUGAUACUAUAGUUAACUUCUUUUUAUCUGGGUGUUGAUUAGUUAGUCUGAUCUUGAAGUUCUUUUAGUCAAAUUUUUCUGCUUUGUUCUUGUAUUUGUGUGUAUGGAGGUUUACAUAAGUUUAGUUUUUUUACAGUUUGUGCCCAUUUGUUUUAAGUUUUUGCAUUUUGGGUGCUGUUAGGUUUGUGUUUUGGUAAGAUUUUGAUAUUAAGGAGGAUAAACUUUAUCUAGGGUUUGGUUUAGAUUCUUGUAAUGAGCAGUGUUGAUUGAGUUUUAGGGUAGUGAGUGAUUAGAGGAGGGUUUUGUUGUGAUUGAAGGAAAGUUAGCUACUUGGGUUUUGGUUGGCUAUGUGCGGAUGUUUUGAAUCGGGUUGUAAGAGUUUCGGCUAGAGUUCGAGUUAGUUUUGCGGAAGCAAGGGGAAGAUUCAAGGAAGUGCAGUUGUUUCGGGUGUUGGUGAAGAUAUUUUGUGGUUUUCGGGGAUUUUGUAUUCGGGGAGAUGGCGAUGUCCUGCAAGGAUGGUAAGCAAGCUGCAGCUAACUUGGACAAUGGGAAAUAUGUCCGGUACACACCUGAGCAGGUCGAAGCCCUGGAGAGGCUCUAUCACGACUGUCCGAAACCUAGCUCCAUUCGCCGUCAGCAAUUCAUUAGGGAGUGCUCGAUUCUCUCUAAUAUUGAACCGAAACAAAUCAAAGUUUGGUUUCAGAAUAGAAGAUGUAGAGAGAAGCAGAGGAAAGAGGCCUCCCGCCUUCAAGCGGUGAAUAGGAAGCUGACGGCAAUGAAUAAGCUUCUCAUGGAGGAAAAUGAUAGGUUGCAGAAGCAAGUAUCACAUCUGGUGUAUGAAAAUGGCUACUUUCGCCAACAUACCCAAAAUACAACACUUCCAACCAAAGAUACAAGUUGUGAAUCGGUGGUGACUAGCGGUCAACACCACUUGACUCCUCAGCAUCCGCCAAGGGAUGCUAGUCCUGCAGGACUUUUGUCCAUUGCAGAAGAGACUUUAACAGAGUUUCUUUCAAAGGCCACUGGAACUGCUAUAGAGUGGGUCCAAAUGCCUGGAAUGAAGCCUGGUCCGGAUUCCAUUGGAAUCAUUGCUAUUUCUCAUGGUUGCACUGGCGUGGCAGCACGAGCCUGUGGCCUAGUUGGUCUAGAACCGACAAGGGUCGCAGAAAUCCUCAAGGAUCGGCCAUCAUGGUUCCGUGAUUGCCGAGCUGUGGAUGUGCUGAAUGUACUGCCUACCGCCAAUGGUGGAACUAUUGAGCUGUUGUACAUGCAGCUCUAUGCUCCGACAACAUUGGCUCCUGCUCGCGACUUUUGGUUGCUGCGUUACACUUCUGGUUUAGAAGACGGCAGCCUUGUGAUCUGUGAGAGAUCACUUAAAAAUACUCAAAAUGGCCCGAGCAUGCCACCAGUACAGCAUUUUGUGAGAGCCGAAAUGCUACCAAGCGGUUACCUUAUAAGACCUUGCGAAGGGGGUGGUUCAAUCAUACACAUAGUUGACCAUUUGGAUUUAGAGCCUUGGAGUGUGCCUGAGGUUCUGAGGCCACUGUAUGAAUCAUCAACAGCACUUGCUCAAAAGACAACAAUGGCGGCUCUGCGCCAGCUAAGGCAGAUAGCUCAGGAGGUUUCUCAAUCUAACGUGGCCAACUGGGGCAGACGACCUGCAGCACUGCGAGCAUUAAGCCAGAGGUUGAGCAGGGGUUUUAAUGAGGCUCUUAAUGGGUUUACCGAUGAAGGAUGGUCAAUGAUGGGAAAUGAUGGCAUGGAUGAUGUGACUAUCCUUGUAAAUACAUCGCCUGAGAAGUUGAUGGGAUUAAAUCUCUCCUUUAAUAAUGGCUUUCCAGCUGUCAGCAAUGCAGUUUUAUGUGCCAAGGCAUCAAUGCUCUUACAGAAUGUUCCUCCUGCAAUACUUCUUAGGUUUUUGCGAGAGCAUAGAUCGGAAUGGGCUGACAACAGUAUUGAUGCAUACUCAGCUGCUGCUAUUAAAGUAGGCCCUUGUAGCUUACCAGGGACUCGAGUUGGUAGUUUUGGAGGCCAAGUCAUACUUCCACUUGCUCAUACUGUUGAACAUGAAGAGUUCUUGGAGGUCAUUAAGUUGGAAGGUGUUGGCAGUUCUCCUGAGGAUCCAAUAAUGCCCAGAGACAUGUUUCUUUUGCAGCUUUGCAGUGGAAUGGAUGAGAAUGCUGUGGGCACCUGUGCUGAACUUAUAUUUGCUCCCAUUGAUGCAUCCUUUGCUGACGAUGCACCUCUUUUGCCUUCUGGUUUUCGUAUUAUUCCCCUUGAUUCUCCCAAGGUAAGCUAUGAGUUUAUUUACAUUGAUAUUCUAUUCCCUACCUUUUUCAGAGCCUUUUUGCUUACCCAAUUUUUAAUGAUGCAGGAAGCAUCUAGUCCAAAUCGCACACUGGAUCUUGCAUCUGCUCUUGAAAUUGGACCCGCUGGAAACAAAUCGUCAACCGAUUAUUCUUCUAAUUCUGGAUCUACAAGAUCUGUGAUGACGAUUGCAUUCGAAUUUGCCUUUGAGAGCCAUAUGCAAGAACAUGUAGCAUCAAUGGCUCGUCAAUAUGUUCGGAGCAUUAUAUCUUCUGUUCAACGAGUUGCAUUAGCACUCUCUCCUUCUAAUUUGGGGUCACAUGCUGGACUUCGAACACCACUUGGCACUCCGGAAGCCCAGACACUUGCUCGUUGGAUCUGCCAGAGUUACAGGUGCUAUUUGGGUGUAGAUUUACUCAAAACUGGCAGUGAAGGAGGCGAAUCUGUACUCAAAACGCUAUGGCAUAACUCUGAUGCUAUUAUGUGCUGCUCACUAAAGGCAUUGCCGGUCUUCACUUUUGCAAAUCAAGCGGGACUUGACAUGUUGGAGACAACUUUAGUUGCAUUGCAAGACAUUACUUUAGAGAAGAUAUUUGAUGAUCACGGACGAAAGACUCUUUGCUCCGAAUUUCCACAGAUAAUGCAACAGGGUUUUGCAUGUCUUCAAGGCGGUAUAUGUUUGUCGAGCAUGGGGAGACCAGUCUCGUAUGAAAGAGCAGUGGCGUGGAAGGUGUUGAAUGAAGAAGAAAACGCGCACUGCAUCUGCUUUAUGUUCGUAAACUGGUCUUUUGUCUGAGGAACUCAGUGAAGUUUGGUAAUAGAGACAGAACUCUAGAAGUAUAUGUUGUUUUGUUGGUUUGUUUAUCUAUUAUCUACGACAACGUUGGAUUACAUAGAAGUACCUACAAGGCACCAUGCCUUAGUUCGUUUGUUUUA